CUCUCCGUCCCUUCGUUCGCCGUCGCCGAGUUGUCGCCCCCCAACCCCAAAACCCUCGCCGCCGGCCGCCGGCCGCCGGCCGCCACUCCACCUCUCUGCAUCGCAUCCCGUCGCCAUGACGAGUCCAGUAUGCGCCGCCCUAGAUGCCAACAGUUCCCUCUCCGCCUCGGCUAUCGUCGCCGACGCCGUCACUGGCAGCCAUCUGCUCCACGUCGAGGGCUACUCGCGCACCAGGGGGGUUCCCAAUGGCAUGUUCAUCAGAUCUCGCCCUUUCAAGGUUGGAGGCUGCUCCUGGUGCAUCUCGUACUAUCCUAAUGGCGCCCGCCCCAACCACGCUGAUUUCAUAUCCGUCUUUCUCGCACUCGACGAGACUGUCGCUCAGCCCAUGAAAGUGCAUGCUAAGUUCAGCCUACUCAAUCAGGUCAGCAGACAAGGGCCUUCGCACACCCGAACCACAGCCUUGCUCGAGUACUCCGACCGUACUUCCGGGUACGGCUAUGAUCUCAUCAAGAGGGAGUUCUUAGAGAAAUCGGAGUACCUCAAGGACGACAGCAUCAAGAUCAAGUGCGACGUCAUUAUUUCCAAGGAGAUCCAUACGGAGGACAGGACUGCUGCACCUCCAUUCGUCGUGGUCCCGUCGUCUGACAUGCACAUUCAUUUCAGUAAUCUCCUUGCAACUGAAGAUGGUGCCGAUGUCAAAUUCAAAGUUGAUGGGGAGACAUUCAGAGCACACAGAUACAUUCUUGCUGUGCGUUCCCCUGUCUUCAAGGCCGAGCUUUUGGGAGCGAUGAGAGAGAGCACCGCCGCCACUGGGGAUUGUAUACAGAUUGAUGAUAUGGUAGUUGAGGUGUUCAAGUCCUUGCUACACUUCAUUUACAACGACUCGCUGCCAGAGAUGGAGGGGCAAGAAGAGGCUCUGAUGGCUCAGCAUUUGCUGGAAGCAGCGGACAGGUAUGACAUGCAGAGGCUCAAGCUGAUUUGUGAGGACAAGUUGUGCAACCACCUAGAAGUGAGCACCGUCGCAACCACACUUGCGUUGGCCGAACAACACAACUGCCAGGGACUGAAGGAGGCUUGCAUUGAGUUCCUGAUAUCUCCUGAUGCACUGGAAGCUGUCAUGGCAACCGAUGGCUUUGAGCAUCUAACUAAAAGCUGUCCAUCUCUCGUGAAAGAGUUAAUGUCCGAGCUUGGUACCCGUUUGUACAAGAGAAGAAAGUUAAGAGCAUGAGCUUAUGUUUUUUUGCAGUCACUAUCCAGAAAGAUGUUAGUGGAUAAGCCUCUAUCAAGUACUAGUUUAGUUUGGAACAAUCAGCUUGUUUUUAGUUCACUGCUUGUUUUUAGUCCUAUAUGUGUAGUCUCAUCCUCAAAAGUAGGCAAUGUAUCACUGCUUGUUUUUAGUUCGGUAGUGUUAUCCUUUGUGUGAAAUUUCUAGCCAUCAUGUAAGGAACAAUCAGUCCAAUACCAUAUGCAGUAGUUAAGUUAUAAUCCUGCACAGUACCGUCGAAAUAAAAUAUAAUCAAUUGAUCUUU